AUAUUCGAAUUGUUAUCUUAUCCUUAUCAUUGAUCUUGGUCCUGUCGAGAAAAAAAGAAGAAAUAAUAAAAUCAACCAAAUGAUUUUAGUUCCACCAUAUCACAUAAGGCAACGAACGCGGAGUGCCAGUCCGAUUGUGUUGAUUGAAACGAACGUGUGUGUGACAGUGUAGCGGAAAGAGUUUGCUUGGCAGAGAGAUAGUGACAGUAGUUUUAUGUAGCGAACACACUGUACGCACAUCCAUCGCACAUAUAAAUUCAAUUGAAGCAUCAAAAUCAUAUGACAGUGUGUCGAAGUGUAAGAAGAAAAUCCAAGUUUCAAAAAUAAUCGCAUAUAAAUAUAGUGAUAGUUUGACAGUUCCUUUGCCUUGGUUGCUUAGUAAAUAUUUCUUCGAGCUUGCCAAUUGUUAGUUUUGUUGUUUUUUCUUUCGCUCUCACUCGCUCUCUGUGGCAAAUAUCCAAUCAAUGCCUGAGAUAAUUCAUUUUUAAAUGGUGAGAGGUAACUGUGAGGGCAUAUGUGGCGCUCAUCGUAGCUAUGGAAAGCGAUAAUUUGUUCAACGAACGACAAUCUAUUCGAGACUCGGCCCGACAGUUGAAAAAAUAUGGAAGCACUUGUAAUCACGUUCGGAAUAAUGAGUACCUAAUACGUCACAAUCUACAACAAACCGAUACGCUGCAAGGAAUUGCAUUGAAAUAUGGAUGCACGACGGAACAAAUUCGACGAGUGAAUCGUUUAUUUGCUCAAGAUAGUCUAUUUCUUCGGCAAUAUUUGAUGAUACCAGUCGAUCGGGAUACAUCACUGCAACAUAACCAGUUCGUUAAGUCAAUGUCGUUGCCGGCCAAUGCAGAUGACACCGAAUCACCAACAUAUGCCGGAUCAUCACGUUUACCAUCACCGAAUGCAUCGAACAGUCCAACAGCCAACUUAAAUGAUAAUAUACUUAGUCCGGAUGAGGAGAGUAAAAAGUCUAUCGAGGAUUUCUUAGGUAAAAUUGACUCGAACCUUGCGAAAACGAAGAAAUAUGUAAAAAAUAGCCAAAGUAGCUUAAAUAAGUUAGCAUCGAUAGAGGAUAAUGACUUUCAAGAAAAUACACACUCGGCGGCCGCAUAUGCGCUUUCAUCAUCCUACCACAGUGGUGGCUAUGGCAGCAGUGGUGCAAGCAAUGGCACUCAAAUGGUCGUUACACAUGGUAAACGAGUAAAAACUUCGUUGCACAGAUUAGAAGAGCAACAAGACGAAUUCUACCAGCUAUAGUUAGUUCAGACUUUGUUCUACCAAUUUCGAAUGUUCAAAAAUGGAAGAAAAAUUUAUUCAAAAUUAAAUGUCAUUUAAAUUACAAACCAACCGUGAUAUCGGGAAAACUCAAAACAAACCGCCUGCAGCUAAUCUCGUUUGGGCAACUCAGAUGAAAAUUGUAUUUACAGAGAAUUAUAAAUGAAAUGAAAUGCAACUAAUAAAAACCAAUCACAAGUUCAAAUCAAAUGUACCAAACUAGGGACAAAGCAAUUUGUACAUUCAGAAAAAGAAAUAACUAAUAAAUAAUGCUAGCAUUAAGGGCACCAAAAUAACACCGUAACGUAUAAACUCACCCAAACCACAUAUACACAAACACACACAGAAAAAAAAACUGUAAUCGAAUGAAAGAGGAUGAAAGCCAGAGAGAGGACUACUCUAAGCAAAUUCGAGCGUUAUAGAUAACACAAAAUCACACAAUAAGCUGUAAAAAAGAGAAGAAAAAAAUUAAAGAAAGAAGAUAUAUAAUCUAAUAUUGGUAACUCUUAAUUUAUGUAAUCUACUUGUACUAUAGAAUUACAAUGUUAUGUUGUGUAAAUCGAUAAAGACCUUGGAAAGGAAGUUUGUCCAAAUAAAAACAGAGAAGAAAUGCUUCAAAAUCAAAUUAAA